GGUGUCACUCAUCGUUAUCCAACUUUCCGAAAUUGCAGAAAAAUACUCACGAAAUGGCCUCGAAAAUGACCGGAUUGAUGUGUAGCAUCACCAAGAACAUGAUAAGGAGACAAGCCCAUAUUUCCACAGUUUGUCGCAUGUCCUCAUCUUCCAAGGAUGGCGAGACUGGUCCAGUCCAUACAGAAUAUGAAGAAGGGCCGCUACCAGAAUGGCAGGAGAAGCAUGGUGAAAGUCAUGACAUCAGAAAAGCCAGGUUACUGUAUCAAAGCAGAAAGAGAGGCAUGUUAGAAAAUGGACUUUUAUUAAGCACUUUUGCCGCUGAAUAUCUAAAUCAAAUGACAGAUGCAGAGCUUGAGCAUUAUGACUUCCUUAUCAAUAAACCAAGUAAUGACUGGGAGAUCUACUACUGGGCAGUAGGUGUAAAGGAAGUGCCAGACGAAUAUAAAUCACCAGUAAUGGAUCAGUUGAAGAAACAUGCGACAAAUGAAAAGCAGGAGAGUCGAGUAUGUCAACCUGAUUUAUACGCUAAACCAAAAUAAUCAUGUUGACAUGGAUUCUAUAAUUUUAAACAUGUACAUAAGAUUUAUCAUAUAAAUGAAGAUCUCGUUCUUUUAUCCCAAGGGGUCCAUUAGGGGAUUUUGUUGCAAGAAUGGAAGCAUGUGAGAAGGUUUUAUGGAAUGUCACUUGGACUUUUGUUUCUCAGGGGCGAAAUGGCUUUUGGGGAUUCUUUGUAAAUAUGUAGUCCAUGUACAGUUUUAUUUCUAUUAAAUUAUGCUAGUCCAAUUGUGGACCUAAUUCAGGGUGAAUCCCAAGUUAUCUGAGAAUAAACCAGUAAUUUGUUUGAGCCUCUGUGGUGUAGUGGCCCAGGUCUCAGACAGCGGUCAUGAAGUCCCUGGUUCGAUCCCUACAGUCAGCAUGCAGGUCUCUUUGCCAUACAUGCACAUGGCUUACUCCACCAGGUGUAUAAAUGAGUAUCGGUUGCAAAUGCUUUGGUUAUAGUGUUGAUUGACCAGCUCAUCCGAGGUCUGCUGAAAGGUUUCAGGUUUGACCAUGUUAAAGAGUAAAGUUGGAUGAUUUCCUCUUCGGUUGUUGGUAUCAGAUUAAAAAAAUCAAAACUAAGAUGUAAAAGAUCUGAAAGCUAUCAGGUGAUUUCCUUGAAUAACUGUGAGUAUACCUUGUAAAUAAAUGAGAAUAGUUUUAUUCAA